AUGCCCAUUACUGCCGUGCGAGUGGCAACGGCCCUCUCGGGCGGCGUCGACAGUGCGGUGGCAGCGUUGUUCCUGCGCCGCUGCGUGCCGCGUUGGUGUGAUGUGGAGGCGUUGUGGAGAACAGAGCGUCCCCUGCAAUUGUGUGAGGUGGUUGAGGCUCUCGAGCAACAACGACCAUGGUCGGAGGUUGUGGCCUUUGCGCCUGCAACGGCGGAGGCCACUCACGAUCCUGCAGCAGCGGUCCACUACUUCCCGCUCUUUAUGAGAAACUGGGAGGAUGCUUCAGAGAGCGACGGCGUUGGUCGACGCUGGUGUGAGGCGGCGCAGCAGGACUACCACGACGCGAUGGAUGUUGCGCGCCUGUUAGGCCUUCUUCGCCAUGGGGAUCUGUUGCCGCUGCAUAACUAUAGCACUUGUUAUGUGGAGAAGUGCUUCCAACCUAUGCUGAGCGCCUAUGCUCGUGGAGAGACUCUCAAUGUGGAUGUAUUAUGCAAUGAGGAGGUGAAGUUUCAGGCACUCCUUGACGCCCUACUCACCACAGGAAGGGCGGCUUACCUUGCAACGGGCCACUAUGCCCGUACUGUCUCUGUUCCUCGUUUACGUGGUAGCAGUGAGACACCCGCACCACUGCGGGUGAUUGCCAGGCCCUUCUCUGCUAGAAAUGACCUCAACGAUCAGACGGUAUUUCUCUCGCGCCUUUCAGCAAAGCAGACACGGAGGGCAAUUUUUCCAUUAGGCCAUGUAUUUGCGCGAAAGCUUGAUGUGCGCGCUGUGGCAGAACACUUUGGCAUGAAACAGGUAAGUGCGAAAAAGACGAGCACAGGGUUGUGUUUUGUGGGCGAGCAUUACAGGAAAGUGAGACGGGGCGAUGGUGGCGGUUGCGUCGGUGGAUUCCGUUCCUUCCUGGAGGAAUACAUCGCCCUGGACAACACGACCCUUCAGAGACUCACAGCCGCAGGCAGACAGACGGCAUUUAUAAAUGCCGAAACCCAAGGUGUCGUAAAGGCAUCGGAAUUGGCACUUCAGGGGGAAGAUGGUGGGCCUCUGUUACCCGCUUAUAGCCUGACACUUGGACAGCUGAUCCGAGGCAAAGGUGACGGCGGGGAAUCGGCGCGGUACUACGUGCAACGAAAGGAGCUGUUCCCUUCCAGUGAAGUUGAGAACCACGAAGCUGGUUAUAACGAUGCUUGGGGGUACGCGCGCUACUUGCGUACUGUGUGGCUGGUGGACCGCUGGGAUCAUCCCCUACUCUAUGCAACGCUGGCGGAGCUACGCGACGUCGCGCUCUCGCUGCACCCACAGUGGCUUGAACGGCAAGCCGUGAAUGUGCGGCUUCGGUGUCGCUGCUGUGCGCGGCACCAGGAACCGUUGCGCCCAGCGGAACUUUGCUUUGCGUGGAGUGAGGUGAGGGAGGCAAAUGGGCGUGUUUGCGUGAGUCGCGCGACAGUUCUGUUUGAGGACCCUGUCCGCGCAUUAACCCCUGGUCAGGCGCUGGUGGCGUAUGUUUCGCUCGCAACGGAGGGCGCGGAGGAUGUGGCGGGGUGGUUUGUUGCGGCAAGCGGCUGGAUCGCGUAG